AAGGUACAAGUAAGAAGCUGGCGAAACAUAGAGCUGCCGAGGCUGCCAUAAACAUUUUGAAAGCCAAUGCAAGUAUUUGGUGAGCUAAAUUUCUUUGUAUUCUGCAGCUCAAAAAUAUCAUGGCUGAGGUGAGAUUAAAAGUUUGAACAUGCUCACAAAAGCAACAAAGUGAAUAGUUCUCAGUACUUAGCUCUAAAAUCCCAUUUCCUUGUGAAAAUCUGUCACCAUCAAGGACAGCUUUACCCUUAAGAAAUUCAAUCCACCAAUUGACUGCUAAAUGAAAGCUUUCUCAUGAACUAGGCAUUUUUCCCUCUAAUGGGAAGCAGCAGUUGAAAACCCCAGGUUUUCUGGUGAGUAUCUUACUAUGUUAAGACUGAUAAUUUGUACACUCGAGAAAACAAGGCAUGAAGUGGAAAAAGAUCAGUGGAAAAUAAUACUUUUAGGAAUUCUAAUUUGAAAGGAGACAAAGAGCUCUCCUUUUAUUAUGGCAUGUAUAACAAAUACAAGAAGAUGCUAAGGGGGAUGUUAAUUCUUGACAUGAUUUUUCCAAAACGAAUUCGUUGUCACUUUAGGUGCUUUUGGAGAUUAUUGGUCCUGGAGCAUCUUGUGUAUCAUUGGAUGAUGUCCUUUGGUUUCUGAUGGACACGUCCUGGGUGGGGCAUGCUGAGCCUUCAGAUUCUUCUCUUUACAUGCACUCAGUUAUUCUUGGAGUUCAGUCUGGUCUGUCUGCUCAUAGUUGACAGCAGAGGCCCAUGGGAACUUAGGAUGAGUUUUUCUCCAGCCUCAAAACUUUUGCUAUAGCAUGUACCUAGGUCCUCAUGCAGUGGUCCUCCUGUUUCUAAACCCUCCCAGACCAUUUGAGUCGUUUAGAACGAAGCAUCCACAAACUUUGGAUCUCGCAAAGCAAUGCUUGAUUCUUUGGGGUCAUACAUUAUACUUGAUUUAUGCUGGCUUUCUAGACAUGCCAGAUGGCAUGGCAAGUAUUGGAUUCUCCCCUCGCUGGUGAUGACCAUGCUAUUUCUGUGCAGCCCAAAGGUCAACCCAAAGUGUUGAGUAUAUUUGUAGAAAUGAGCGUACGGAGUGUCCUUUCUGCACAUGGGCACUUCGCUUUGUCAGCAAAAAAGGCUAACAAACUUUACUAUAUAUUUGUGCUUCUUGACAGAUAAGAUGGGAAUUACUAAGCUGUAAUCAGGCCUAAAGUGGCCUGAUUUAAUACAGAGACUUUCUCACUUCUCCAUCACAAUUAUUUGGGUAGCUUCGGCGUGCAGCAUUCUUUGCAGUUCCUGACCCCUUAAUGCCUGACCCUUCUAAGCAACCAAAGAACCAGCUUAAUCCUAUUGGUUCAUUACAGGAAUUGGCUAUUCAUCACGGCUGGAGACUUCCUGAAUAUACCCUUUCCCAAGAGGGAGGACCUGCUCACAAGAGAGAAUAUACCACAAUUUGCAGGCUAGAGUCAUUUAUGGAAACUGGAAAGGGGGCAUCCAAAAAACAAGCCAAGAGAAAUGCUGCUGAGAAGUUUCUUGCCAAAUUCAGUAAUAUUUCUCCGGAGAACCACAUUUCUUUAACAAAUGUAGUAGGACAUUCUUUAGGAUGUACUUGGCAUUCCUUGAGGAAUUCUCCUGGUGAAAAGAUCAACUUAUUGAAAAGAAGCCUCCUCAGUAUUCCAAAUACAGAUUAUAUUCAGCUGCUUAGUGAAAUCGCCAAGGAACAAGGUUUUAAUAUAACAUAUUUGGAUAUAGAAGAGCUGAGUGCCAAUGGACAGUAUCAGUGUCUCGCUGAACUAUCCACCAGUCCCAUCACAGUCUGUCAUGGCUCCGGGAUCUCCUGCGGCAAUGCCCAGAGCGACGCGGCUCACAAUGCUUUACAGUAUUUAAAGAUAAUAGCGGAAAGAAAGUAAGCCUGAAGCGACUUAGAAGGGCCCCUGUAGCACAUAAGAAGUCCCCCUUUUGCCCCUUCCCAAGUAAAACGUUUACUAUGUUUGAGUUUGUGUGUCGUUUCUAAAUCUCUUCAUAGAUUCCAUCAACACCCCAGAUUUAAUGAUCUCCUGGUAGUUAUUAAGCUCUUUUUAAUGGCUUCAACUUUGUAUUGGUAUAUUGUAUUUAUAAACUUUGUACCAUAGGCAGAGUGUAGCGCCCAUUUUACAAUGCCGUGUACAUAGAAGGAAGAAACUGCAUGUUGUUGAUGAUGAAGAUGACAAAGACUAUAACUACUGUUAGCAACAGUCUUCCUUACUGGUGCUUCACCCCUUCUUUGCGCAAGGCUUUGUAAGGGGAAUUCGAAGGAAGCCCCUUAGAACCACAGUGUUGAGGAACGCACGGUCAGGCAUCUGUUGAAUGUGAUUGUUGAAUUUCAGGGAACAUGAUUGGUCUGCUGUGCAUUUGAAUCCGUGUAAUAAAGAGCUGUUGUUAUAA